GACUACCUGGAGAAACUUUUGGUUAUCCUGGAGCACCAGGACUUAAAGGCCGACAAGGAGAUUCAGGGAUCCCAGGCGACCAAGGGAAAGUUGGUGAACCUGGCGAUAAUGGAUUUUCAGGAAAUCCAGGUUUCCUCGGACAGAAGGGGAUUCUUGGUGAACAGGGACGGUAUGGAAUAAUGGGCUCUCCUGGUUUCCCUGGACCAAAAGGUCAGCCUGGAUUGCCAGGAAUAGGAAGGGGGCCUGAUGGGCUUCCUGGUCGGCCUGGAUUCAUUGGAAAUCGUGGGUUUAAAG